AUGAACGCUGCCCUUGUACUCUCAUUUCUUUACAAAUGCGUCGAGGUGUUUUGUGAGUACUUCAAAGAUCUUGAAGAGGAGUCUGUGCGCGACAAUUUUGUCGUAAUUUAUGAACUUUUUGAUGAAAUGAUGGAUUUUGGGUAUCCUCAGACAACGGAAAGCCGAAUUCUUCAAGAGUACAUUACCCAAGAGGGUCAUCGAUUAGAGAUUGCACCUCGUCCUCCAAUGGCAGUCACUAAUGCAGUUUCAUGGAGAUCGGAUGGGAUUAAAUAUCGGAAGAAUGAAGUCUUUCUUGACGUCAUCGAAAGCGUUAACAUGCUGGCAAAUGCUUCUGGAACGGUUCUACGAAGUGAGAUUAUUGGCUCUAUUCGAAUGCGAGUGGUUUUGAGUGGAAUGCCAGAACUUCGGCUAGGCUUGAACGAUAAAGUGAUUUUUGAGCAAGCAUCUGCUGGUGCAAGAGGCAGUCGAAAUGGUAAAGGAGUCGAAUUGGAGGAUGUCAAGUUCCACCAAUGCGUACGGCUAUCGCGUUUUGAAGCUGAGCGAACCAUCUCAUUCAUUCCGCCAGAUGGCGAGUUCGAACUGAUGAGUUAUCGUCUCACAACUCAGGUAUGCCUGCUGCUUUGUUGUCCGAAAUUGUCGCAUUUUUAUGUAGCUAGGGAGUACUUCGUGCCGCUAAGCUUGAAGAAGAUCCACUCUGCCUUUUCUUUAGUCCAGCUGUUUCAAUAUGCUAUCCGAAGGGCUUCGGGCUUUAAAAGUACCACUGCUACCUUGAUUUACAGACCUAGCGCAUUACUUGCACUGGGAAUUUUUGAGAGACAGGAGUCACGAAAGGUGUUAGACGAACACGUUCGUCCUUUUUGA